AUGCCCAGUUCCAAGACAACCUCCGAAACCGUGGCGGAGAGCGUCAAGUCCGCCAGUGGACGACAAGGGCGGUCGCUCUUGCGACAUCACGAAAAUCAGUCCCAUACACGCAAUGCCAUAUCGGCAUGGGGCAUCGAGGCUCUUGGGCUCUUGAUUGCCAUCAUUGCUUUUGUGGCCAUCGUCAUCACGCUGACCGUCCAUCAAGGCCGGCCUCUGCCUGAAUGGCCGCAUCUAAUAUCGAUCAACGCAUUGAUUGCUAUCUUUACGGCGAUCCUCAAAUCGGCCUUGAUCCUUCCCGUAGCAUCGGGCAUUUCAAGGCUCAAGUGGCUGUGGUUUACCCAACCUCGAGAAGCUGGUGACCUGGAGCAUUUUGACUCUGCGAGUAAAGGGCCAUGGGGCUCGUUCUUACUACUACUAGAUCUCCGAGGCCGGCAUUUGGCGGCGCUGGGUGCUCUGAUCACUGUGCUAGCAACCGCCAUCGAUCCCUUCUCACAGCAAAUCCUCGAUUACCAUGAGUGCUUGCGUCCAGCCCAGGGCGCGGGGGCUGCGCCGGCGACGAUCCCAAUCACAAAUUACUAUGGUGCUGGCUCGUACUUCGCCAACGGCGACUCCAAGAUUACCGAUGGAAACAUGACGGCCGGAAUCUAUAUGGGACUUAUCAAUCCUCCUGCCAAUCUGUCCUCGACCAUCGUACCUAAUUGUGCUACCGGAAACUGUACGUUCUCCACUAAUGCCAGUGACACGUAUACCACGGUCGCCAUGUGCAGUUCAUGCACCGAUAUCUCCAAAACGAUUCUAAAUACAACCACCAGCGAGCAGCUGAAUUACACAACGCCUUCCGGAUGUCAGAUCGGUCCCGGAGCUGUCGUCGCCAAUUCGACGUACGUGGUCGACGAGAGUGACGACGCAGACACGUCCUUCGUGAACAUUGACAUCCUCACGGCUCAGAAUAGCCCCAAGGGUGAUGGUUCUAGAGCAUUCGCCGCACGAUGUAAACUGAUUCCCUGUGUGAAUACUUACACCGGCAAUGUCAGUAACGGCAUUUUGCACGAGACUUUAGUUUCCUCAACGGUCAUGCCCCAUGCGGGUGCCGCCUUCAUUUAUUGGUAUAGCCUGGUUCUCCCUUCGGUCAGGCGCAAUGGCAACGAAAUAUCCUGCGCGCCCACCGCCAAACCACGUCACCCCACAGACCUUUGCUCGGACAUCGGGUUUACGCCAUAUAACUUCACUGCAACAAACCAGCAAUGCUGGCCCAACGAUUGCGUCUGGACGCUUGGCGUCAACCCGAGCGGUGGAAUACAGGCGCUCAUGGUGGAGCUUUUCCAGGGUUCGUACGUGACAGACAUCGACGGCAUUCCUGAAGGCGUUCCCUGGAUGGUCAAUCUCUACAACCAGGGUGACACGGGUCUUGCGCGCCUUGAGACUGCUUUUGCCGGGCUUGCAGAUCAAAUCACUUCGGUGAUGCGUCAAAAAGGCGACAACUCGACAAGUCCCCUUGCGGUGGGAACUACGCUGGGAGUACAGACGUGCGUUGGCGUCCGGUGGUCGUGGCUGUCCUUUCCGGCAGCAUUGAUUGGAUUGACGAUUGGUUUCUUCGCCAUCACCUUCCUGCGGAUCUCAAGCAGCGAGGUCCGCAAACUGUGGAAGUCGGGUUCCUUGGUGCUGUUGUUUCAUGGGCUGAGUAUCUACAGUCUCCACCGUGUAGAGGAAGGACAGCCGGAGCAGCGGGCCGAUGCGGAAGAUGAUGCGAAGAAAGUCACGACGCAGUUGCAGUGGUCGGGCGAGGAGUUCGAGUUUGUCGAAGCCUCGAGCUCGAAACGCUAG